ACAAAAAAAAAAAAAAAAAAAACAAAAAAAAAAAAAAAAAAACAAAAAAAAAAAAAAACACAAAAAAAAAAAAAAAAAAAACAAAAAAAAAAAAAAAAAACAAAAAAAAAAAAAAAAAAAAAA